AUUCAGUUGACAGGACUAACAAUGAACUCCUUUUUAUCACUAGUUUUGUGUCUUUUGGUUGUAAUUUGUAUGAAUGAAGGCAUUAGUGAAGCGGGUGUUGUCUUAGAGGACGGCUGUAGUACACCGAGAUCUGGUCUCAACAGUAAUUUUGGCCAAUUGUUUGCCGCAAUUUCCAGACGGAAAAGACAGUCACACGAUGAGGAGUCAACCACUGAAUCAGAUAAAGGGGACCAUAAGGGCGGACACACUAACAAUAUUAAAGUACACGUCGACGUGAAAAAUCAUUGAUUCAAUUCUGUUUACUAUAAAUAAAUAAUAAAAAAUUCGCAAAACUUUAAAUGUUGUUUUCAUAAAUUGUCUUAUAUUUAUUUAACUAGCAC